AUGCGUCUACGCGAAGAACUUGAAUCUUCCACUAGUUCGCAUUUCAGUGGCGAGCUUGGACAGGACCGAGGUUUACGACGGCGAAACGCUGCCGAGAACUUUGAUGAUCUACUGGACGAGAUACGAAAAAAGCCUGGAUUUGAGGAUUUUCUCGGUCCUCUUACCACGGACCAGAUACGUGUGGCAGCUGCUUAUGGUCCUAUCGUGGUCAUCAACAGCAGCUGGAUGGGAUGCGAAGGAAUAGUCAUCGAGAGAGAGCGUAUCACAUCGCUGGUUUUUAAAGAUCUGGACGAUGGCGAGUUGAUGUAA